CUUUACGUGAAGAAGAGAUUAGAAGAAGGCUAUGGUAACGAAAUUGCUGCUCAGGCGUUCGAAUUUAUCACUGGAUUUGCUUUUGUCGUAAAUUCAAGGAUACUGCGAUUUUUUCAACCUCAGGAACUGAUGGAAAUGGUUGUUGGUAAUGAAAAUUACGAUUGGGAUGUUUUUCGCCAGAAUACAGUAUACAAAGGGACGUACUAUUCACAGCACGAAGCAAUACUAUGUUUUUGGGACGUCUUCUUUGGUCUAAAUCUCGCUCAGAGGAAGAAGUUUUUGCAGUUUCUAAUGGGUACCACGCGGAUACCAAUACAGGGUAUGUCGGCAGUGAAGAUGUGCAUUCAGCCGUGCGAUGAAAAGGCAAUCCCAGUGGCACACACAUGUUUCAAUUUGCUUGAUCUACCGAAUAUCACUGAUCGAGAGGAAAUGCGUAGACGCCUACUAAUCUGUCUUGAGAAUACUCAUGGCUUCAAUCUUGUUUAA